UCAUUGCAAUAUUUGUCUUGUUGUCUUGUAUCAGUCGAGCUCAAACAACAGAGGAAGAAGCAGUAUAAGGCCGUCACACCUUCCCGUAAAGCAGCUCCUAUAGACAGAUAUCAUGGAGAAGGAUCAGCCACCUGCAAUGGCAAUGCCAGCACCGCCGUACCCCGGCCCACCUUUGGAUUACCAGCCUCAGCCCGUUGUGUAUCCCCCCGUCCAUACUGUGGGGGCUUACCAAUACAGCCCACAGCAACCUCAGAUUGUACAGCCUGUGAACCAGGUGGUUGUGGUGCAGCAGCUGCCGACUGAUGUUCCUGGACAAAUGAUGUGCCCUCACUGCAGCAAGUCCGUCGUGACUACAACACACCACAAAAACGGGAUGCUCACUUGGCUGAUCUGUGGCGUCCUGGGAGUCUUCCUGUGCUGGCCUUGCUGUUUGAUCCCCUUCUGUGUGGAAUCCUGCAAGGAUGUGGAGCAUUCCUGCCCAUCCUGUCACAACGUCCUUCAUAUCUAUAAACGCAUGUGAAACACCACCGCAGCAGAAACUCUCCUGAAGUUACGACAAAAGACAGAAAAUCCCACUGUGACAAAACACAAGAGCUAAAACCUCCCUAUGCAAAUAAUAGACGUCAUCUUGAGCCCUGUACAUGCUUGUGUAAACUACAUGUUUUACCUACACUACUUUGCAGUGUACUUAUGCAAAGCGACAUUACAUAAGAGCUUCUUUCUUGUCCUCUACCUGAUAACAUGUGCAAUCAAGGUGAAAAAAAUUUAUGCAAAAAUGUGAGGAAUGUACCUAUCAUGAUUAAAUCUUGGUCGGAGUGAUGUUGUCUCUGUAUGAUAUACCUCAGUGAUACAUUUAACAAAGCAGGAUGAUAUGACGUAUUCUUUUUAUUUGAUGUUCUUGAUAUAAUGAAUGCUUUUAUAGAAAUUCCCUGUAUUUGACAUAUUGAUAUGCGGAAAAAACAUUUAAACAUGAACAAAAUCAUAAUUUCAGGGCCAUUAUUCAAAAUGUUUUCUGCAAUAUUCCAGCCUUUGUGAAUAAAAAAGAGAUUGUACAAUACUACUUAUAAUCAGUGUUGUCAGUAGGAGAUGCAGAAAAUCCGUAACUCUGUUUCUAUGUUUGGUCCUGCUUUGCUGCCUGGUCAGUUUCACACUGCUGGUACUGCAGUUAACACAACAAAGGUUAGACAACUGAUUAGUCUGUUGGUGUUCAUUACAGAGAUAAAACAACGCAAUGACCUUAAGUUACAUCAUCUACUGUCCAUAUGCUUGUACCAUGGAAUGAUGAUCUAUGAUGAUUUAUGAAUAAUUUUGACUAAAAUGUUACCUAAACGUAGGCCACUGUAUAGUCACUAUGUGGUUUAGAUAGGCAAAUUGCUCGCCAGUCUACAUUUUAUUUAAAUUUAUAUUAAGAGAUUAAUUUCUAGUGCUACAGCUGCAGAAUAAAACUACUAAAUGAGAUGAUACAAAAUAAAUCAGAGAUGCUUUAAUAAAACUCCUAAAGACCAUUUUGGGUCACUUCAGUGCAGUGUGAUUUUUAAUGUUAAUGGUGGCUGCAUUCCCGGUGUUGAGCGUGUUGGCUAACUGCUUUGGCUUACUGGAAUGCUUAAAAGGGAUGAGCCGUCAUUAACAGUAUUAGUUACACCCAUGUUUUUUCUGUUCUGACAAAUCACAAUGCUGCUGUGAAAAAAGGCCACUUGUGUAAUGCUGCCGUCCUUUAUUUGUAUUGUGUGUCUACUAUGAAAGAGGCCUUUGAAUGUUUCUCUGUGAUGUAAUUUAGUUGAAAUGAUAAAAUGGCGGUGAUAAUGUUAAGGCCAGUUUGUGUUUUUUCUGCGACAGUUUGCAUGGACAAGUGGACAUGGAAAUCAGGCACAUCCACUGGAAAAUCAAAGUGGACAUUUGUUUCAUGCACCUUAUGUUUGUCAUGAUGAACUCCAUAUCCUGUGCACAACAAACGAAUACAUUCUUCUCCUAUCUAUCAACAGGUCCCCAUAAUGCAUACUAGUUCCUAGCUCUGUGUUGCCACCAGAUGUCCUCAGAUUUACCCCUCAGUUCCAGUCACCUGAUUUCCAUACCCCCUCUGUGCAUACAAAUGUGGUUGCCAUCUUGGCCUUCUCAGUUGUCAAAUCACUAUCUUAUUUUGAUUGCUUAUGGCAGCUGCUCUUGCAAUCUAAUACAAGUUUAUUUCUGUUUUCGCGUUACUUCCCUGUAAGCUUGUAUUUUAAGUUUAAUAAAACUGUUUCUGCA